AUGAACUCCAGCUUCCGCCACUUGGAGGCCGCAGCCGCAGAGAGCAACAUUGAGGCCCUGGAGAGGCAUCGAGAGACUGCUUCUACACUCACCAAGGCCUUGUCUGACUUCUUACUCGCCCAAGCAAACAACACAGAUGAUAUCCACCACUGGCACCAGGAGCUGGUCAGACUAUCAGAUGGUGACCAGGUGAAACCCCCAGAGACUUUGAUCAUGGUGGUGGGCAGCAUGGGAGCAGGCAAGAGCACAGCCAUCAACGGCCUGAUCGACGAGGCCCGCCUGCUGCCCACCAGCGGGUACGACGCCUGCACAUCCGUGGCGACAGAGGUCCGGUACAACCACUCCACAGACCCAGACGAAGCGUACCGCGCCGAGAUCACCUUCAUCACAGAGGAAGAACUGCUCAACGAGCUUCUAAUCCUGAGGGAGGACGUCCUCUCCACCAGCGAAGCGGCGGGCAGCAGCAGCGCCGGGACAGCAGCUGACUACGAUGACAACAGCCACGCGGAGGUCGCCUGGGACAAGAUCCAGGCAGUCUGGCCGCGCCUAACCAGGGCCGAGCUCGCCGCGCCGGACUUCGACAUCCACGUCCUGCUUGAGGACGAUCUCAUCCGCGUCUGCCUCGGGGAGACACGCCAGGUCUGCCACUCGACUGCUGCGGGACUAUGCCGGUACCUGGAGAGAUUCAUCGCCAACAGGGACAAUGCCGCCCUUGCGAAGAGGGCCGAGGGCGUUGGUGCGGAGCAACAGUAUUGGCCACUGGUGGACAAGGUGAAUAUCUUUGUCAAAGCCGAGCCUGGUGGCCAAGAUGGAAACUCGGCAAGUGAGCAGAUCGUGAAGAAGCCUUUCAACGACGCCAGCACGUUCAAGAACUGGAUCAAAUUCGACGGUAGGCUUGACCGCAUCACCUAUGUCUGCACCAUGACCGACGACGCCAUCGAGAUAGACGGAGACGCUGAGGAAUUUGGUCUCGGGGAGCAUCUCGACGAGGCCAGGCAAUUGGAACAAGAGCUCGACGCCUGCGACGCUGCCCUCGCUGGGGCACGGGAACAACUCGAUGCCUUACAAGUCAGAUCGCAACUUGUAGAAGACACCGUUGGGUCGUGGAUGAAAUCAGCGGGGGACAAAAGAAAGAGGAGCGUGACGUCUGAGACUGUGCGCGAGAAGAGGCUGAGAAGAAAUCCACUCCCCUCGCCACCAGAAUGGGGAAGCUACACGGCGAAGCUUGAUAUGGAAACGACCGAGGAACCAGUCGAAAUGCUUACGUCUAACCUCGAGACCGAGGUAGAAGAACUUGGCACAAGGAUUCAGCACCUGGAGACAGAGUGUGAAAAUUUGCAACGACAACUCAUGCAGCAUAACCUCUUUCUGAAGGAGUCAUGCAUACAGGCCCGGAACACUCUCACCCGUUCUGCCAUCGGACGAGACUUUGUUCACGCAGCCAAAGAACUUCUUUCUCGCCAGGGAGGAUCCGAAUCCAGCGUCACAGAUCAAGAACUUGAUGACGAAAACAAGCGCGAACCCGUGCCUCCAAUGGUUCAUACUGUUUCGGUUCGCGGCUACUUCGAGUCUCUCAAGCGGCACAGGAAUGAGCAAUUCUGGGCGCCCAACACGGUGGAGCUGUCCGGAAUCCCGGCGUGGCGAGACCACAUCAAGGAACUAACCGAGCCCGCCCGCCGGCGCAAGUGUCAGGCCUUCCUGAGGGCUGUCUUGCGGUGCUUCAACCAUAUGGCCAUAUGGUGCGACAACGGCUCGGGAAUGAGCCUCACCUCUGAGCAGGAAAAAGAGGAGUUGGCCCGGUAUAGGCGAGAUUUGGACUCAGGUGUUAAACGCCUGGGCUUCCAUUUCGAUGUCUUCGUCGACGAAUGCCGGGACGUCUUCGACAGGCUGUUCUCAGAACGGGUUAGAACUGUGCUUCCCAAGGUCAUCGGGUCAGCCAUUGAGGUUGCCAGCACGUGGCCGUCCCGGAAAAGGGGUGAUAAGCUGUUGACGGCUUCAUCCUACCGGUCUGCGUGUAGAAAAGGAGGGAUCUACGAAGGUAAAGGUCAUGCCCACAAGAAUCCAUGGAACCUCAAUAAAGAGCUGUCAGAGCCGCUCCUUGACGAGAUCGACUACCAAUGUGGCAAUGCAUUCGAAAAACUCCUUCCAGCCGCCUUCAAAGACCUCAAAGCCAAGUCUGCACAGGUCAUUUACGAAUUAAGUGAGGAAGCAGACAGGCGCAUGCAACCCAGCAUGACGGAUUCGGCGCGCCAGAAGCUGCGCCUUCAGGCGAGGUCACAGAUAGAAAGCAUCCACGAUGCUGUCGAGGAUAUGCGGAUGAGUUUGACCGACGAGGACACCCGGGGGUAUACGAGAAAUCAGCUUGAAUCCGCAUUGAAAAUCGAAAUGCGACAAACCUGGAAAGAGUGCGUCAAAACAACCGGCGCCGGGUCUUUCCAGCGCCAGCAGGCCAUUGUGGAGCGUCACAUUCGCGACAAGGGCGCAGAGAUGUACACCUGUGCUUCGUCCAGGGUUGAGAGGAUCUUGAGGAGCAGAUGCGUUACCAUGGGACACACUCUCCAAAAUUUGAAGCGCUCGGUGUACAGGGACAUGUGGCACGCUUACACGACCAGCAUCGUGGCUAAAGACGACGGGAACCGAGCUGCGCGGGAGGAGCUGCACAGGCUUCUUGUGGAGGCCGAUGGUCAUUUUCAGACCUCCUAG